AACACUACGAAAAUGCCACAAUAUUCUCAACUCAUAACCAUCAUCUUUCUACUUGCUCAUUUUCUCACCACUUCAAACUGCUCCAGAAUACUAUUUUUGAAUAUGUUCAACUCAAAGAGCCACGCACUAACAAUGAUGCCGUUAGCCGAGAGAUUAUUCGACGAUGGACAUGAUGUGUCGAUGUAUACCAUAAGUGCGAAUCGGUUGAAAAUUCCAUCGAAAAAAGUGAAAAUUUUGGAGUCUCUUGUGAAGGGAAGUAGUACGGAUGACGCAGCACCAGACACGGGCGGUGUGAGCAGAAUAUUCUGGAGUUAUGAAAUGACACCGUAUGUUGGCGCAUGGUGUUAUGAAAUCGGUCUGUACUAUUUGGAAGAAGGAAGAGAUGAACAACUAGAUGAAGUUCUUGCAACACCGUACGACCUGGCAGUUGUUGAUGAAACUUACACAUCACUUCAAGGAUCAAUUGCCCUAAAAUUGAAAGAAGAUCAUAGCACAAAGAUCAUAACAUUUGCAACGACAGAACUAAUGCCAGUUGCUUCAAAUAUGAGGGGAUAUGCAAGGAAUCCGGUGACUGUUCCGAACACAUUUCUGUUGUCGUCGGAGGUUUAUGAAGGAAAUCGGUUUGCGUUCUUGACAAGAACUAGGAGAAUAUUUGAAUAUUUUAUUGAUCAGAUUUACAGUGGACCAGUUGCAAGUCUUUACAGUGAAGCGUCGGGAAAACUACUUGGCCUAACCAGUGCGACCAAAAGCAAAACUUUUCAAAACUCGAUACUCACUGUCAAUGAUUUCCCGGAUACAUUUAGUUUCGUUCAACCACGUGGAAAUGAUUUAAUUCGAGUUGGAGAACAUUGUUAUUCAAGUGCCAAUUUACCAUCAGAAUUCAGAGAUUUCGUGGAGGAUUCAAUGUCAAAAGGUACAAUCUACGUAGCAAUGGGAUCCUAUUUGAAUUUAGAAGAUGGUCCAAAAGGAACAGUUGAAGCAUUUAUAGAAGCAUUAAAUUAUUUUAAAGAUUAUCGAGUGAUAUGGAGUCAUAAAGGAAAUGUAACCGGUGCAAAAUGUCACGUAAAAUCGGUUAACUGGGCUCCUCAAAAAGAGCUUCUUGCUCAUGAGAAAACGGUAGCUUUCAUAACACACGGUGGCCUAAAAAGUGCAAAAGAAGGUGUCUGCUCGGGUGUUCCAAUGCUUUUCCUACCAUUUUACGGUGAUCAACCAAGAAAUGCACAUCGAUUUGUAACCAAUGGAAUAGCGGAGGCUCUUUACAAGAAAGCAAUAACAUCAUUGGAUAUUCAACAAAAAUUGGAGAAACUUCUCGUGGAUCCCAGUUAUAAAAAUAAUGUGAUGAAGGUCCUAUCCUAUUACCUCGACGCUCCGAUCAGUUCUCUAGACCUCGGUGCUUUCCAUAUCUCACAAGUGCUCCGCCGUACAGAGUCACAAUACAGCAAAUUCAAACGAAGAUCUAUUUUUAUGAAUCACUUACAGUAUCUCAAUCUUGACAUUUUCCUGGUUAUUCUUGUUAUUUUAUUUAUUGUUUCUAAAUUUUAAGUUUUGAUCAUAAAAUUUCAAAUCGAAA